CACUCAGAACAGGCCGCCGAGGAUUAUACGAAGACACAUAGCUGUAGAUUGUCUUGUAUUGCGGACGUGGUCGGUCGUCUGAGGCACCUCGCAUAAGUGCUGCGCAUAUCGUCAGACGACGGUACUCACUGUCUACGGGCAAGGGGUCAAGGGAGUCGGAGUCUGGCCUAUUCGGUUAAGUCUGUUGAAGCCAUCAGCCCUACGUGGACACGCCGCGAGUGAACGGAAGACAUUCCUGUUUCAGCAAGAAAAGCAAGCAAGCAAGCAAGCAACCAGCAGGCAGGCAGGCAAGCGAGGCAAGGGUCCCUCCAGGAAGCACAGCGCCAAUAGCUUGUCAUUCAGCCACGUUCACGCACACGUCGCUGUUGUCAUCUUACAUACCUACCUACCUACCUGCCUACGUACGUACAGUUGUAGUAAACAUGGCCGAUGUUCCACUUCUAGUCACCUCGGAGAAUUCCUCCUCCGAGAGGCGAAUCACGCCUUCAUGGUCCAUAAGUCAGCUGAAGAGCAAGCUCGAACCUAUCACGGGCAUCCCGCCUUCCUGCCAGCGCCUGAGGUUGAAGACCUCGGCCAACGAGACCGUGGCUAUCGAAGCCGAGGAUGAGGAUGUCACGCUCCUCACCAACUUCCGCUUGGCGCCGUACGCUGAGUUACAGAUCGUCGAUACUCGGCCACCUGGGGCUAGGCUGAACUUCAACGACACAUCUAGCGUCGAGAAAUAUGUCAUGCCAAUUGAAGAAUACGAAAAGAAGGCAGACUCAGUGCUGGCCUGGAAGAAGGCCGAGAAACUCGGCCGGUUCAAUCCUGAUGCUCCAAGCCUCGAGAAGGCCAAGGUGGAUGCCGUCGACCAGGAGAUCAAGAGUCGAGGCAUCGAACCCGGGAAGCGAUGUCGGGUGGGUGGGGAUGAUACGCGUAGAGGCGAGAUCAAGUUUGUUGGCGAGGUCAAGGAGAUACCUGGCACCUUGGGCGCUUGGGUCGGCGUUCAUCUCGACGAACCGGUCGGGAAGAAUGAUGGUAGCAUAGGAGGCACCAGGUAUUGGGGUGAGGAAUCCUCACUCAAGCAUGGCGUGUUCGUCAGGCCAGAGCGAGUCGAGGUUGGUGAUUGGCCAGUCCUCGACGAUUUAGAGGACAUGGAAGAGAUAUAGCCUGCAUUAGACCAGUUCAUCCGUCCUCUGGUAGACGGCAAAAUCGCCGGCCACACGAAUGGUAGCAUGGGGUACCCUUCUUUUCACGCGGCUAAUAGGUAUCUCUAAA